AUGCUAAACAUCUACUUUUGGCAGGGGAAAUUCUUCUUCUUCUUCUUCUUCUUCUUCUUCUUCUUCUUCACUAACAUUCUCCAACCUUUUUAUUUAUUGACAUUUUCUUUGUUUAAUCUCUUCUAUUUUCUUUGCGUAUAUUUCAUCUUUUAUAUUUAUUCUUUCUUUCUUUCUUUCUUUCUUUCUUUCUUUCUUUCCUCUUUUAUCAUUAUUUUCUCUUUUUUCUCUUCUUUCUUUCAUUUUACUCUUUCUUGCUAUUGUACCUUCUUUCUUUCUGCUAUCUUCCACCUCUUUUCAUUAUUUUCUCUUUUUCUCUCUUUUUCUUUCUUUCUUUCCCUUUACCAUCGAACCUUCUUUCUUUCUUGUUAUUGUAACGUCUUUCUCUCUUUCUUUCAUUCUGUUCUCUCACACCUAUUUUUCAUUAUUUUCUCUUCUUUCUUUCUUUCUUUCUUUCUUUCUUUCCUGCUAUCGUACCUUUUUUCUUUCUUUCUUUCUUUCUUUCUUUCUUUCUUUCUUUCUUUCUUUCUUUCUUUAUUUCUCUCUUUACUUCUGUUCUCUUCCACCUCUUUUUCCCUUCUUUCUUUCUUUCUUUCUUUCUUUCUUUCUCUCUUUAUUUCUGUUCUCUUCCACCUCUUUUUCCUUUCUUUCUUUCUUUCUUUCUUUCUUUCUUUCUUUCUUUCUUUCUUUCUCUUCCUCUUUUUCCUUUCUUUCUUUCUUUCUUUCUUUCUUUCUUUCUUUCUUUCUUUCUUUUCCCGUCCACCUAUCUUUCCUUUCUUUCUUUCUUUCUUUCUUUCCUGCUAUCGUACCUUCUUUCUUUCUUUCUUUCUUUCUUUCUUUCUUUCUUUCUUUCUUUUCCCGUCCACCUAUCUUUCCUUUCUUUCUUUCUUUCUUUCUUUCUUUCUUUCUUUCUUUUUCUUCUUUUCUUUCUUUCCACCUAUCUUUCCUUUCUUUCUUUCUUUCUUUCUUUCUUUCUUUCUGUUGUGUCCGACACUAAGCUAUCUAUCUAUCUAUCUAUCUAUCUAUCUAUCUAUCUAUCUAUCAGCUAACAUAUUGUCUUAUUGUUCUUGA